AUGCCAGCCCCGGGAGAUCCAACACCUCCCAAACCACCAACUGCAGCCCCACCAACCUCUGCUCCAGCAGGGAGACCAUCCUUUUCAUACUGAGACCUAACUCCCCCUGCACCAGCUACACCAAUGCCUGCUCCAGCAGGGAGACCAUCCUUUCCAUAG